CAACAGGAACAGGAAGUUCCUCGCUACCCAAGACAGCGAAAUAAAAACAUCCUGUGGCGAUGCAAUUUGAUUUUGAGAAACGGAUAAGACACGCGUACCGCGGGCGUGAGUCGAGCUUUGUCGAACGACAGAUACUAACGUCUCAAAACAAGUCGUGUGCAGUUGCUUUCAACCACAUAUUCAAGAAAAAUUUACUGCUACUGUCACUGUUAUGGAUAAUCUCAUUUUAGAACUCAUCUACACGAAGAGAACUGAGCACAAGACACAAAAAUGCAAACUGAAAGCAUAUCUACCCAUGAUAUUGAGGAUUUAGAUGCAGACACUUUCAUACCAGUGGAGAUAUUCUCUUGCGUUACUCCUCGUCCAAGAUCUCAAGAUAGCAUAUCGGUAGUAGAGCUUGGCAAGCAGCUUUUAAUUAAUGCAAAAACUGGAGACAUUGAGACUGUCCGUGAGCUUAUGAGUAGGGGUGCACCAUUUAGUACUGAUUGGCUUGGUACAAGUGCACUCCACUUAGCUGCACAAUACAAUCAUAAGGAUAUUGCUGAGAUCUUGCUCAGAGCUGGCAUGUCAAGAGAUGCCAAGACAAAAGUCGAUAGAACCCCAUUACAUAUGGCAGUAUAUGAGGGCCAUUAUCAGAUGGUACAGCUAUUACUAUAUCAUGGAGCAGAAGUUGAUAGCAGAGACAUGUUGAAAAUGACUCCUUUGCAUUGGGCAGUAGAACGUGAACAUGUAAGGAUAAUACAUAUUUUACUAGAACAUGGGGCUGAUCCAGGAGCGAUUAGUAAAUUUGGCAAGACUCCUGUCAGUCUUGCGUUAGAACAUGAUAGAUUAGAUCUAGUGGAUAUAUUACAACAAGAAAGGGAGAUAAUAGGUAUUAAAAGUCACCAGCAAAGCGAGGCCAAUUCUGCAGAAUUAGAAGCAGCUACACACAAUUUAAUGCAAUUAGAGGCUGAUGAGAUAAAGGAUAAAUUGGAAUCGUUACAGCAACUAUCUUCAUCUAAACAGAAGCUUACCCAAGUUCAAGGUGAGACAAAGUCAAAAGUAAUCUUUCAACAAAUUCGUGUACCUAGUGGCAGCGAACAAGAAAAAGAAAUAAAUAAUAUUGAGAUGAUUGAUGCGAACGAUACUGUUAACAGUAAAAAACAUAAAGACAUCACAUCGAUAGGAAAUGUUAACAAGCAAUUUAGGUUAUUAGAAACGCAUGGAAUUACAAUGAUACCUGUUGAUCAUGAAUCAUCUAUUGUAGAAAAUGCAAUGGAAAGUGGAAGAACGGUGGUUUUAACAGAAGCUGGAAAACUCGCUUUAAAUUCAACUAGAGGUUCGUUUAAUAUAAGACGAAUUCAAGUUUCUCCACGGAAAGGAACGGCGAGAAAAGUCAUAGCAAUUAAAGCGAACCAAAUUGUAAGUCCAAAUCUACCUACUGUUACAUCACGAGCUCCAAAUAUCUUGAAAAGAUCUUCUAUAGAUAGCAAAGCUGGAAAAGUACUCAUUACAACGAUUCCUAAUACCACGACACUAUCUGCUGUCAAUGAAUCCAACAAUUCCUUUUCAUCAAGCGAGAAUAAAACUGUGACUUCUACAAAGAUUGCAGAACCAAUAAUUUUUAAAUUGAAUGAUGAAAUAGAAGAAGUUACUGAAGAGGACAAUCUAGAAAAUCCUAAGACAGUAACGGAUAUAGCGGAAUUGACUAGACAAUUAAUAGAAACGCAAAGACAAGCAGCUGAAUAUUUUAAGCAGUACAAGAAAAAGGAGAAAGAAGUGGAAAUAUAUAGACAGCAGAUCAAGAACCUCACGUCGCAAAAAAACAUCUAAGUGAUUUUGUACAAGUAAGAUUUUAUAUUAAGUUUUGCGCAACUUAUAACUUUCAGAUUUAUUACAUUGAAUUAGAAAAUGUUUCAUUCUAUUAUCGGUUUCUCAAAGAAAAUUCUGAUUGAGAUUUUCUAUCUCAAUUUAUUUAACUUAGUUAUCUCUAUAAAUAUUACGGGCUUUGCAACAAUCUUCCAUAUUCAUGAUUAAUUAUACAUCUUUACAACAAAUAGCUGUAAGAAACCGAAAGUUUCCUGUAAAAAAAUAUUUACUUGUGAGGCGUUUAUUGACGUUCAAACUUGAUUCUCACUUUAGGAAAUUUAAACUAUUUCUUCUAAUACGUGUAAAUAUAAAGGAUAUAUGAAUUAAAUCAUUUAAUAAAAUCGAGGAGAUAAAAAGCUGUAGAAACGAUGAACAUAUAAUUUGAUGAAUUAUUUCGACGCAAAUACGUAUAAAUACAAUUAUUUUGUAGUCAUAAUGUAAAAAUUAAUAAUUAAUUUUAAACUCAAAUUAAUACCUAUACUAUCAGUUCUUAUCAGUUCACACGUGCGGUAUUCAAAGUUGAUUCAACUUUUAAUUGCAUCAAAUUUUGUACAUUUUUGUAGAAUUAUUUACUAUAUAACAUUUUCAACCUGUAAUAUAUACAUACAUACAUACAUAUAUAUAUAUAUAUAUAUACAUACACACACACACACACAUAUAUAUAUAUAUAUAUAUAUUAUAUACACAUGUGUGUAUGUGUGUGUGUGCGUGUAUAUCGAAUAUAUUUAUAACAAAACGUGUCUCGCUACUCCUCUCUUUGUAAGUGUAAACGUAAAAAUUAAAUUUUUAUAUUAAAAUUUGAUAUAAAAUAUUAAGCGGCAAUGACCAAAGUAAUUAAGGCUGCAAGAAAAAAAGAAGAAACAAAUGAUAACAGAUAAUUAUUUUACUUCAAUUAUUCUAUGUAGAUGAGAAUGUUGAUUGUGCCAGUUACUUCAUGACAUUUAUCUAACAUGUCAGUCAUUUCUAUAUUCUAUGAUGAUCAUUAAAUAAGGAUAGGAGAUGUGCGAAGUACAGCGGAGACUAGUGCCGUUAAUAUUUAUAAACUAUUUACGGUCUAUUUUAUACAUAUUCUACUUUUAUAUCGCAAAUUAUGCUUCUAUACGAUAACUGUUAUGAUUGGUUACCAGAUACCGAGAGAUAAAGCAUAUAAAGUACGUCUGAAAUUGUUGAAUUUAAUAUGAAAAGUCCAUGUAUAUAUUUACAUAUACAUAUAAACUUUUGCAGUUAUAAUCAACAUCACCAUUACAUACUGUUGCAUACAUACAUCAGGUAUUCACGAUAAACACUUCGUUCUAUAUGCUCGUAAGGAAAACUUACAACGUAACGAUCUAGCAGAACUUCUGAUGAUGUACGAAAUGAAUAGCGCGCGUAAAAUAAAUUCGCGCGCUAUUUAGUACGCGGCUACGCAUUACUUCGUAUACUUCAAAAGUUUUAACACAAAAUGGUUGCAUUCCAAAUGACUUCCUCAGCAGCUGCUUCGCAACUACGAUUUCAACGCGAUAAUCAUCGGCUGCAAAAAUGCGAAAAAGAUAAGUUAUUCAUAAUUUUUUAAUUUAAUAGAUCGUUGAAACAAAUAUUUAAAAAGGGAGGAAUACUUUUCGAUGCGCUAUCAAUCAGAAAUGCGAAAUGAUUUUACGUAGAUACAACAGAUGUGAAGAGAAGAGUAGUUGAUGACUUCAGGUACAAAAAAGAAACGACGAGUUAUUUAAAACGGCACAAAGUUGUGGAAUGCAACGAGUUAUAUUAGAUAAUAUAGGCUAAGACUUUUUCUCUAGAAAUGUACAUUGUAAAUAUAACUUUAUACAUACAUAAAUAAAGAUUGUUGAUUACGA